AUGGCCAUUGGGCUAGAGGCUAGUCGACAGAGAUUCCUCUGGGUCGUGCGGAGCCCACCAAGCGAUGACACGAAGAUAGAGCCGGACUUGGAUGUGUUGCUUCCAAAAGGUUUCCUAGAACGAACCAAGGGCAGGGGCCUUGUCGUGAAGUCUUGGAAGCCAUGGGCAGGAGGCUGCACCUCUACUACGUCUUCAAGCCCGUCGCAACCCCACCGGAUCUCCUAUCCAGGUCUUGUACCUGCACAUCCACCUGUGGCCAGUGAGGAAGGGGGUCGAAGAUGCUGCUGCCGCCGCAUCGACGACCAACAGUUCAACGGAGAGGGCACAUGUGACACCCAUGACGGUCCUAGCCACCAACAAGGCCAACCGCAGCCGAUGUGCCACGCUGAGAGAAGGGGGGUGGGAUCGGUUGAUGCUGCUGUUGCUGCAAGACACAGAGAUGGAAGGUGUCAUAAAUAUUUAGAUAUUUGA